AUGGCUCUGAGCUCUCGGGCGCACGCCUUUUCAGUGGAAGCCUUGGUGGGAAGACCCAGCAAAAGAAAACUGAAAGACCCAAGAGAGGAGGCACAGCCUGAGCUGCUGGAGAAAGAGGGUGGAGAGGAGGAGGAAGAAGAGAGAAGGAGCAGCGCCACAGUGAAGAAGAACGAACAACAAGAAAAGCGACCCAAGACAGAACCCUUAGCAACUACUUUCUCAGGCUGUGGAGGCGGCAGCGGCGACCGCAACAGCGGCGUAAGUCUGGAAGAGAAAGAUGCUAUCCAAGUGGAGCUUCAAGGAUCCGAGCUGUGGAAGAGAUUCCAUGACAUUGGGACUGAGAUGAUCAUUACCAAGGCGGGCAGGAGGAUGUUCCCCUCUGUUCGGGUCAAGGUGAAAGGGCUGGACCCAGGGAAACAGUACUAUGUGGCUAUCGAUAUGGUGCCUGUGGAUUCCAAACGCUAUAGGUAUGUGUAUCAUAGCUCGCAGUGGAUGGUAGCUGGGAAUACAGACCACUCAUGCAUCACUCCCAGGUUCUAUGUUCACCCGGACUCUCCCUGCUCUGGAGAGACCUGGAUGCGACAGAUCAUCAGCUUCGAUCGAGUCAAACUCACCAACAAUGAGAUGGACGACAAAGGCCACAUCAUUCUGCAGUCCAUGCACAAGUACAAGCCCCGUGUUCACGUGAUGAAGCAGGACAGCAGGGUUGACAUGUCACGGAUUCAGUCCCUGCCUGCUGAAGGGGUUAAAACAUUCUCCUUUAAAGAAACUGAGUUCACCACCGUGACAGCUUACCAAAACCAGCAGAUUACCAAACUGAAAAUAGACAGGAAUCCUUUUGCGAAAGGAUUUAGAGAUCCUGGAAGAAACAGGGGUGUAUUGGAUGGGCUUUUAGAGACCUACCCAUGGAGGCCUUCUCUCACUUUGGAUUUUAAAACUUUUGGUGCAGACACACAAAGUGGAAGCAGUGGCUCAUCUCCAGUGACCUCUAUUGGAGGGGCUCCCUCUCCUUUGAACUCUUUGCUUUCUCCACCUUGCUCCCCUCCUACGUUUCACAUACCUACAGGCUCCCUUGGAAUGCCCUGUUCAGAAGUGUACCUACACAAUAUCAACCUGCCCCUUUGCUACAAGAUUUGCCCAACUAAUUUUUGGCGACAACAGCCUCUUAUCUUGCCUGCUCCUGAAAGGCUAGCAAGCAGCAACAGUUCUCAGUCUUUAGCCCCACUCAUGAUGGAAGUUCCCAUGUUAUCUUCCUUGGGGGUCACCAAUUCAAAAAAUGGUUCAUCUGAAGACUUCAAUGGACAAUGUCAACAAGCUCCUAAUUCUGCCAAUCAAAUGUUGUAUGGAUUACAGUCACCUGGAAACAUUUUAUCACCAAACCCCAUUGCCCGGGAAGCAAUUGGUUGCUCUUUCUAUCCUUCCUAUGGUUUUUAUAGGUACAACUUUUCCAUGCCAUCUAGACUGGUAAAUGCUGCCAACCGUCUCAAAGUGAAUGACAACAGUCACAUUUCUUUUAGAGAAGGCAAAUGUAAUCAUGUUCCUUGGUAUCCAAAAAUUAACCAUUGCCUUUAA